AUGACUAACCAAAACGAAAAGCCGCCCACCAACCACAAGCAGCAGCAGCACAUUGACAGAAAGAGGAAGAAUGUAAACAACAAUGACAAUGCCAAAUCCAUUCGGAUCAAUCCUAAACACGAAGAUAUGCUUGAUCUUUGCUUGUGGUCUCCAAACCACUCUGCAAAUCCAUCCUCAUUCUCGUCUCCACCCACCACUCCAACCCCAUCUCAAUGGCAGCUAAGUUUGUCUCCACUAUCCUCGCAGCCAAGUGCCCACCCACCGCCGCAGCAGCCAAAUCCAAACCCUUCACCACCCUCCUCCCCGCAGGAGAGGGCGGGGGAGGGGGAUGGAGAAGGUAGUAUUGACAAUGACAAUGACAACGACGACAACAACAACAACAAGGAUGCUGUUGACAAUGACAACGACAACAACGAUGCUAUUGACAACAAUAGCGAAACUAUCGUGCCACCUUAUGAAUGGGCGACCGAUAGGCCUGCCAUAGUGCAUACUCUAGACCAUCUGUUAUCGAACCGGAUUGAGAAGAUCAAGGGAGAAGUGAAGUGCAAGAGGUGCGAGUGCGAAUACGAAAUGGAGCUGGAUUUGAGAGACAAUUUCUCACAAUUGGAGGAGUUCAUAUGGGAAAACAAAGACGAAAUGUACGAGCGCGCGCCCGAAGUUUGGACCAACCCGACGCUCCCCAGGUGCCGCUACUGCCACCAAGACAACAGCGCAAAACCCGUGAUAAGUCGCAGCCAGAAAGCCAUAAAUUGGCUCUUCUUGCUACUGGGCCAGCUGCUGGGGUGUUGCACCCUGGUUCAACUCAGGUAUUUCUGCAAACACACAAAGAAUCACAGGACCGGUGCCAAGGAUAGGCUGCUUUAUCUUGCCUACCUCACUUUGUGCAAGCAGCUUCGCCCAACCGCUCCUUUCCAUCGCUAA